AGGAAGGAGUAGUGAUGAAAAAGUCGGUCGAGAUAAAUGGAGAAUGGACGCUUUCAUUCCGUGACGAACAGCAAAAAUUAGACAGCGAAACUGAUGCUGAAAAAAUGGCGAAAGUUAUGGAGAAUGCUGGUACUGUAGAAGUUCUGGAACUACGAGGUAAUACUGUGGGCGUUGGAGCCGGACAGCGACUUGCGCAUGCAUUGGAAUUUCAUCCUGAACUGAAGCGAGCGUUGUGGAGUGACUUGUUUACCGGACGAUUGAAAGAAGAGAUUCCCCCAAUUCUGCGUUCCCUGUGUGGUGCUAUGAUCAAGUGUGGGACGCGAUUAGUUGAAUUAGAUCUUUCGGACAACGCAUUUGGUCCAAUCGCUGCAAAGGAACUCAAAGAGUUCCUGGAAAGUUCUUCGGCAUAUUCGCUAAAAGUGUUGAAAUUGAAUAACAAUGGCUUAGGAGCUGGAGGGAAGAUUAUUGGAAAAGCACUUAUAACAUGCCAUGCAAAUGCGCAAAGAGAAGGACAAAAUUUUCGGCUAAAGACUUUUAUUGCCGGUAGGAAUCGUCUGGAGGACCCUGGAGCUGUUGCUCUAGCAAAAGCUUUUCAAGUUUUGGGUUCUUUGGAAGAGAUAGUGAUGUAUCAAGAUGGCAUAAGAGCCAAGGGAAUUGAAGCUCUUUCAGAAUCAUUCCUUUACAAUCCGAGUUUAAAGAUAAUCAACCUUAGUGAUAACACGUUCACUGUAAAUGGGGCUCGUGCAAUGGCAAAGGUAGUCCGAGAUUUGAUGAAUCUUGAAGUUUUGAAUUUUGGAGAUUGUUUGUGCCGAGACAAAGGUGCUCUAGCUAUAAUUUCAAAUAUUUCGUUGCCGUUCCAUUCGCGUUUAAAGGAAAUCAACUUGUCGGGGAAUGAACUGAGUCCGCGCGUGGUCGAAAUAAUACUCGAUAAAGUCAGUCAGGGCUUGCAUUUGAAAUCUCUCGUGUUGCACACAAACAAUAUGGGAGCUCGAUUUGUUCAAGUUAAAUCAAAAUGUGACAAAUAUGAUUUUAUUGAUUUGGGUGAGGAAAGUGAUGAUCAAGGGACGCUGGAUGAGGAUGAAGAGAGUGACGAUUAUCAGGAACUUUAUUCGGAAGAAAGCCAUUUUAGUUAUUCGAACAAUGAAAGUGGUGAUGAACAAGUGGAAGAUGGCAAUACUACUCACGAUGUUACAAUUAAUAAGUCUUUGGAAUCUGAUAGCUGUCAAACAGUAAUUUCAUUUAGAAAUCAACGGUGGAACUCUGAAGAAGAUGUGGGAACCGUUACUCAGGCAUUGUUGUCACAGAAGUUUUUGAAGGUACUGGAUUUGCGUGAAAAUUACAUAGGUAUUGGCGCAUGCAGGAGAAUUGCAGAAGUUCUGCGAGAACGCAUGCAGAUGAAUAUGCAAAGCUUAGAAGAAGUGAACCUAAGCCAAAAUGGCACCAUUGCUGAAGGCAUGAUAGAACUGGUUCACGCAUUCAGAAGUAAUCCAGAGUUGAAAGUCAUCAUUCUCAGUGGAAAUACAUUAAAUGUUGAUGGUGCUAUUGCUGUCGCUGAAAUGUUGUCUUCAUUACGCUUACUUGAAGUGCUAGAUCUCAGUUCUUGCACUUGUCAUGAACGUGGGAUUAUUGCUGUAGCAACAAAUUUAAGUUCCUCAACACAUCUACGACUGAGGGUUUUGGACUUCUCUUCGAAUGCUUUAGGGGCAGAUGCGAUACAGCGGAUUGUACGUGUUUUCGCAAGUGGUGGAUUUCAUUUGGAGCGUCUUUCGUUGCACUCUAACAAUAUCGGACACCGUUUUGAUGAAUUAAGAGAAGAAUUUUCCCAUCUUCAGUUUCUGGAUUUGGGAAGCGAAAGCACUGAUCAAGGUUCUUCGAUGGAGGAAAUAGCUUUCAUCGAUAGUUUUGAACGAGAAUCGUGGAAUAAGAGUGAUGACGAAUAUACCAAAAAUCUUAAUAAUAUACUAGUGAAUGAACUUGCACGCCCAAACAUGAAUAGUAUAAUUUUAUUCAUAAAGAAGCCAUCAAUUCCCAUGCUGGACGUUUUAUUAUCACAUAUGAAAACUUUUGUGGAAACAUUGCAUGCUGAUUUGUGUGGAAGAACUCAAGAAAUGACAGCGGCUUUAUUGUGUUCCUUUUGUACAUUGCUUUCUCUGGAAAGUCCUAAUAAGCAAGCAUUGAAAGAGAAGAUCAUGACAUUGACGGAUGCGAUUUUAAUUGAAGCAGCAAAAGUUAAGCGUCGACCAGUUUCAGCGACAGAAUCAAUAUGCAAUCAGCUGUUGGCAUUCGCGGGUGCUGUUAAGUCAGAAGUUCCUCAAACACUGAUCGAUAUCAGCAGUGUGAUUUUCUUACUGGGAUCAAUGGUAAAGCUUGGACAUUUUCGAGAUUUAUAUCCAACCAUUGCCUUUUCACUUGACGCGAUGAAACGGACUUAUCCGGAUGAAAGUGUUGAAAUUGAUCGAUUAAUGCAAGCCAUGAGCUCCCAAUAGAAAUUGCAAGAAAUUCAGGAGCAUAUGUUGAAUAUAUUUUCCUUUUUUCAUUCUUUAAAUUACCUUUUAAAUUUAAUUCUGCUUCAUCCUUCCGUCAAGAAUUGGUGACUUGCGAG